UAAGUAAUAAUUGGGUAUCUUGCUAGCAGAACAGAAAUGAAUAACUCAACGUACAUAAACUCUUCCACCGAAAAUGUGAUGGCUUUGGAGAGCCCCUAUAAAACUGUUGAGGUGGUCUUCAUCGUCCUGGUAGCAGGGUCUCUCAGUCUAGUUACCAUAAUUGGGAACAUCCUGGUCAUGGUGUCAAUCAAAGUCAACAGGCACCUACAGACUGUCAACAACUAUUUCCUGUUCAGCUUGGCCUGCGCUGACUUGAUCAUCGGCAUCUUUUCUAUGAACCUAUACACCCUCUACACUGUGAUAGGUUACUGGCCCUUAGGGCCUGUGGUAUGCGACCUCUGGCUGGCUCUUGACUAUGUGGUCAGCAACGCCUCUGUAAUGAACCUCCUCAUUAUCAGCUUUGACAGAUACUUUUGUGUCACCAAGCCUCUGACAUAUCCUGUAAAGCGGACCACUAAGAUGGCAGGCAUGAUGAUCGCAGCUGCGUGGGUGCUGUCCUUCAUCCUGUGGGCCCCUGCAAUUCUUUUCUGGCAGUUCAUUGUGGGAGGAAGGACUGUCCCAGAUGGGGAUUGCUACAUACAGUUUUUUUCCAAUGCUGCCGUCACUUUUGGCACUGCCAUUGCAGCCUUCUAUUUGCCUGUUAUCAUCAUGACUGUCCUUUACUGGCAAAUCUCUCAAGCCAGUAAGAGUCGGAUAAAGAAAGGGAAAAAGGAAGCUGCCCAAAACCAAGAUACAGUUUCCCCCAGUCUUGUCCAAGGUAAAAUAGUGAAACCAAACAAUAACAACAUCCCAACCAGUGGGGAUGGGCUGGAGCACAGCAAAAUUCAGAACGGAAAAACCACUGGAGAGACUGUGACAGAGAACUGUGUUCAAGGGGAGGAGAAGGAGAGCUCCAACGACUCCACCUCUGUCAGUGUGGUCGCUUCCAACAUGAAAGAGGAUGAAGCUGCCAAAGAUGCCAGCCAGGGCUCUGCCUCCCAAGACCGUCUCAAAGUGGAGAACUCAAAGCUGACAUGCAUCAGGAUAGUCACCAAGUCCCAAAAGGGUGACUGCUGUGCCCCCACCAACACUACUGUGGAGAUUGUAGGCACCAACGGGGAGGAGAAGCAGAACAGUGUAGCGCGGAAAAUCGUCAAGAUGACAAAGCAGCCAGCCAAAAAGAAACCACCUCCUUCUAGAGAGAAAAAAGUGACAAGGACUAUUUUGGCCAUCCUCCUGGCCUUCAUCAUCACCUGGACCCCAUACAACGUGAUGGUGCUCAUCAACAGCUUCUGCACAUCCUGCAUCCCUAGCACUGUAUGGACCAUUGGUUAUUGGCUUUGUUAUAUCAACAGCACCAUCAACCCUGCUUGUUAUGCGCUGUGCAAUGCUACUUUCAAGAAGACCUUUAAGCACCUUCUUAUGUGUCAUUACAAGAAUAUAGGAGCUACAAGGUAAAAAUAAUAAUAAAAAUAAUAAUAGAAAGGGUGAAGAAGUUCCAAAUUAAAUUAAAAAAAAAAAAUGCCACAGCACUUUAUGCUCUUCUACAGAAUGUGCAAUCCAGGAUGUUAGUGGAAAUACUGGCAUGGGGCACCAGCUCCACCCCUGAGAACUAC